UUGAUCAUUCUAUGUUUCCUGACCAAGUUUCCAUUGUGACUUGGACAUGACAUACUAGACUCACUUUUUGCCUGAAAAUGUAUACUAAAACCCUUAAUAUCAGUAACGGUCAACAUUUGCUGUCUUACAGAUUAAAGGGGAACAUUAUCAGCAGACCUAUGUAAGAGUCAAUAUAUACCUUGAUGUUGCAGAAAAAAGACCAUGUAUUUUUUUAACCCAUUUCCCAACUCUAAAUGGGUGAAUUUUGGCGAAUUAAACGCCUUUCUAUUAUUCGCUCUCGGAGCGAUGACGUCACAACGUGACGUCACAUCGGGAAGCAAUCCGCCAUUUUCUCAAACACCGAGUCAAAUCAGCUCUGUUAUUUUCCCUUUUUUCCACUGUUUUCCGUACCUUGGAGACAUCAUGCCUCGUGGGUGUGUUGUCGGAGGGUGUAACAACACCAACAGGGACGGAUUCAAGUUGCACCAGUGGCCCAAAGAUGCCAAAGUGGCAAGAAAUUGGAGGUUUGUUCCGCACACUUUACCCACGAAAGCUAUGCUACGACAGAGAUGGCAAGAAUGUGUGGAUAUCCUGCGACACUCAAAGCAGAUGCAUUUCCAACCAUAAAGUCAAAGAAAUCUGCCGCCAGACCCCCAUUGAAUCUGCCGGAGUGUGUGAGCAAUUCAGGGACAAAGGCCCUCGCUAGCACGGCAAGCGACGGCGGCAGUUUGUUCCCGCAGACGAGCGAGCUAAACCCCCUGGAUGUCUUGGCUCACACCGUCCCUUAUGCCACCGAAGAUGAUCAAGAGAAGAAUAUCCACCCUAGCUUCCCUGGCCUGCUGUCAUCAACUCCAAAACUGGACGGAUCAGCUUUCAGGAAAAGAGCGCGGAUGAGGGUACACUCCAAAACUCCUGGAGCUCUUCAGUGCAAAAGGAGGAGUGACUGGUCAGCGCAUCAAGAACUUGUUGAUGGAACUGAUACAGGACCCAAGUGCCUCUGCAGUGAUGAAGAGAGAUGUGACUGUGAGAUGCCACGGAGACUACAUGGGAGAGAGUGGACAGGAGCUAAUCUCUGACUACUGUAAGUAUUGUUUAAAAGCAGUCUGAUGUACAAGCUUAAAUUGGGUUUACUUUUAUGUGAACUGACUGAACCAGCAGUUGUCAGGUGGAGGUCCAGCAUGCAGCUAGUUGGCAGGAGCCCCAGGAUAGCCAAUUAGCAUAGCACCACAGAGUGAUGCCUUUCUGUCUUGUGUUUCUGUUUGCCCUAAAAAAAACAAUGCAAACAAAAAAUACUCACCUUAAACAAGCAUUAAAACAUUUACUCUCUCUCUAUAUAUAUAUAACAUAUUACUGUUUGUUUUAAUUUCUGGUGGUUCUAUUCAGGUUUUUUUUUAUAUGCAAAUUAGAAAUGCCAAUAAAAAACAUGUGGCUGGAAAUGCAUCUAUUGUACCAAGUUUAAUGUACAAGAUCUCAAAUUAGAAUUCAAAAGUUUUCAAAAUGGUCUUCACAAAAGUAAUCAUUAUCUGAAUUAAAUCACACAACUUAUAAUAAAUAUAAAAUUAGAUGUUUUGUUUUUUUAAUGACUGUUUUUGUAUCUCAAAGGGAAGUGCAGAGACCACUGUUCAUGAGGACCUGGAAAUGAAGCAUAUGAGCAUCUACAUCUGUCGUGAGCCAAAUGCAGUAGGAAUCAUCAUUGAGGGAGUACCAGUCCUUACUCAUCUUGGAAACCUGGCCAAAGCCUGCUGCCGACCUCUGGGGUUGACGUAUGCACUUAAUCUUGAGUAUCCAUCCAAACUUUCCAAAACAUUUGAGGUGUUUCAAAGACUUUUUGUGGGACUUGACACACUGCGCCCAAAACCAACCCCCAAAUUCAUGACUCUCAAAAACAAGCUUCUAGCUUAGGCAGUGAGCCAUGACUGUCAGCUUGCACUUUUGAACAGCUAUUUUCUUGUCUGUUCAAAAUCAUUAUACAUUGUUCAUUGAGUGGAAUUCUUCAGAAUGUUGUAAGGGUUUGUCCUGUUCAGGUUUUAUACAAAGCUCCAGGUCAUCGUUUCUGGUGUGUAAAUUAAGUUGUUUUAUGUUUUAUACACACUAAAUUGCCCCACUGUGAAGCUCCAGCUGGUCAGAAGGAGGGAUCUGUGAGUUGUUUAAGUUCAAAUGUUUCAAAAUAUACACACUGAAAGACACUACAGUGAAGGUGUUCUGCUUGUGAAUUGUUACAGAAGUACAGAUAAUCUUAAUGUUAAAUUGUUUUAGCAAGAAACUGUACUGUGAAUGUUCUAAGUAAAACUUGAGAUGCUGAGGUCAUGCAUUCUUUUAUGCACUAAAUACUGAUGUUCUUGACUGUUAAUACUGUCCAGCUUAUUGACAGGUUUGGAUAUGGCUUGUGAAAACGUUUUAAUAUGUAUACGGUUAAAAAAAGAAAACUACUGUGAAGGUGUUCUAUACAGCACUUUAAAAAGUUGAGGUCAUGCAUUCUUGUAUAAUAUGGAUGUUGACUGUUCAUACUGUCCAGCUCAUUGCCACUGUUUUUAUAUGGUAAUGAUUUAAUAAAGGUUGGAAUUUGA